UAUUUUUGUUAUGAUCGGGAUAAUUGGAUUAGCCCUUCGGCUUCCCGUUUUCCGAUCCAUUCGAUGGCCAUCGUUCAUGGUCGGUUCAGUGUGAGAAUUGUAGAACUAUGUCAGGUAUCCAGGUUAUCGUCCCAGGAUGUUAGUUGAGCAGUGCCAGGCAGUCGUACAACACCUCAGCGGAGCGCGGUUUCCAAUUUGACCAUGUGGGUGACGGUGAAGAACAAAAAUGGUUCCCAUUCGAUGCAGUUCGCAUUGCGUAACGUGUUUCAUUUUGAUUUGUAACGAUAGUUGAUUCCCCUUGUGAGGAUUCCAGUUGGGUGACGCAAGCUCAAACCAAAUCUACCAGAUGAUCAACAAAGUGUGCGCGGAUGUUCUUGAUCUAAGAGGUGGACUUUUCCUGGGGAACUUCCAUUUAGAAUUUAUUUUCAAUCGAUACCGAAGUAGCCAACGGGAAGGCACGAAAAGGGUACAUCGUGUCGCAACGUUUUAAUUGAAUAAUUGCACUCGGUCCGGUCGGGCGUCUAGUGGAAGUUGUUGGAGGAGAGCGAAAAUGGACGCCCAAAGUGAACCCUUGAAGGAGGAACGCGAUAAAAACGAGUCUGAAGAACCGUUCGAUUUGGAUGAACUUUUACCGGUAAUAGGAGAAUUUGGACGUUAUCAAAAGCUGCUGCUGUGGCUUAUCUGUCUUCCGGCUUGCAUUCCAUGUGGAUUUUGUGCCUUCAACCAGCUGUUCAUGACCGACGUUCCAGGCGAUUAUUGGUGCAAGAUACCAGACCUGCAGAACUAUAGCGUUGAGGAGAGGAAACAGUACGGCAUCCCAGUGAUCCAGCAUGAUGGCGUCGAAGAAUUCAGUAAGUGCACCCGGUAUGCAGUGGACUGGAACGAAAUCUUUGCCAGCAAUGAUCAUGCGGUGGUUAUUCCUAAUAGCACGUGGCCAGUCGAGCAUUGCCGCGAUGGCUGGGAAUAUAAUACCACCGAGGUGAAGUCAUCGAUAGUGAUUGAUUUUGAUCUUGUGUGCGAGUACGACAUCUACCCCACCUUGGGAUUGGUUGCACUCAACACGGGUGGACCCGUGGGAGUGUACCUUUUCGGACUGCUCAACGAUCGCGCCGGUCGACGGAUAUCGUACUUCUCUUGCCUGGCUACCCUACUGUUGGGAAGUUUUAUCACCGCCGCCAGCACAGAUUUUGGCAUGUGGGCAUUCAGCCGAGUUAUCGUGGGUCUCACAAUCCCUGCAGUUUAUCAAAUCCCAUUUAUCAUAGCACUGGAGUUGGUAGGACCGGGUUAUCGGUCGUUCGUCACUGUGAUGACCUGCACGUUCUAUACCUUUGGCCUGAUGAUGCUGUCCGGGGUCACAUACCUGAUUAGGGAUUGGGUACAAUUGACUCUGUGCACUUCGGUUCCGUUCCUGGUAUAUUUUUUGUAUUUGAUCGUAAUGCCGGAGUCGCCUAGGUGGCUGCUUAUGAAGGGAAAACUGGAGGAAGCGUUGAAAAUUCUUGAAAAAAUGGCGAAAGUCAAUGGCAAACAGUUUCCGGCUGCAUUUAAGAACAAACUCGAGGAACGGGUUUUGAUGGAGAAAAGUAGGACCGUUAAAAAGGAGGAAGUUUCGAUCGGGGCGUUUGAUCUUUGCCGGACGCCAAACAUGAGACUGAAAACAAUACUGAUCACGUUGAAUUGGUUCGUCAACGAGACAGUUUAUCUAGGGUUAAGCUAUUACGGCCCUUCGCUGGGAGAGAAUCAGUAUUUGAGCUUUUUUCUAUCGUCACUGGUGGAGAUUCCUAGCUAUGUGAUAUGUUGGAUCGCUAUGGAUCGCUGGGGCCGACGGUGGCCAAUGUGUAUGCUGAUGAUCUUGGGAGGAAUAAGUUGCGUUGCCACAGUGGUACUACCCGAAGAUGCUGUAACAGAAACGUUGAUUCUGUAUCUUCUUUCAAAAUCGAUGAUAUCGGCGUCAUUUCUUAUUAUUUAUCCCUUUGCCGGAGAGCUGUAUCCUACACAGGUGCGUGGAGUAGGAAUAGGAACUUCCAGUUAUAUUGGAGGUCUGGGAUUGAUUGUGAUACCGUUCAUCACUUAUUUGGGCAAAGAAAACCUUAUUCUCCCCUUGGUGAUCAUGGGCUGCGUUUCAGUAGCCGGCGGGUUCACUGGACUGCGCUUACCGGAAACGCUACACCAUCGUUUGCCGCAAACCCUCGAAGAUGGUGAGCUCUUCGGUAAGGAUUGGACAUUCGAUGACUGCUUCCGGUGUGUGCCGACUAAAAAAUCACCCGUCAACUCGUACGAAAGUCUCUCUCAUGAGGCGUCCGAUACGGCCCUGGAGUUGAACACCGGCGUACCGAUUAAUGCCAGUUCGCACGAGCCAACAACUUCAACCGAAAAGACUCCGUUGGAGAUCGCUCGAUUGCGGAGGCAAUCCAUGAGGCGACUGGUUCGCCAGUCUAGUACCGUCGACACGCAGAAAUCGGCAGAUGGAGCUAUACAGUUAACCUAUUGGUUCUAACCAUUAUACAUUCGAAAGGAAGAGUGAUCAGGGUGUAAAUUAAAACGAAUUAGGGUUUUUGAACAUAUUUUAACAAUAAAGAAAUACGUAUAUGUAUAUUUCGGUUUCUCUGAUUCCUUAUAAUCGUAAUGUGCUCUGACAACAUUCACUUGUUAAAAUUAAAUUUCCAUCUUUUACUUUAACAUAUAUGUUAUGAGAAUUUUUACUUUUACAAUUGUCAUGCAUCUUGAAUUUACGCUUGGGUUGCCUUUAGAACUAUUUUCUUGUAACGCAUUUUCAUGGUAAUCAAGAUUUAAAAAAAAUGUUUUGCUGGAUGUUUCACACAGAUUUCAUUUUUCUGUUUUAAUAUUCGUCACUGAUUUUUGGGCGAUAAACUAUAUAAAAAUAAAACUUACACUAUUUAACAUACUUUGUUCGUAGCCGUUGGAUCGAUUUAUUAUCGGGACCUAACAUGAUUCUGCUAAGGUUGUGGUAUAGGCAAUUUCAGGAUAUGUUUUCUGCUGGUUUUAUAGUACAUUCACUAAUAGAACAGGUUGCCUUAGCUGACGAAAGAUUGGGGCGAUCGAACAGAAAACCAGUGGCUUCAACUUAAACUCGCUCAUCUACUUUGUACUAAUGCGUCAGAUUACAUUAUAUGAUAAGUAACUCUCUUGGUGUUUAAGAACAAAUACGAAAAGAUUCAUUAGAUAGUGUAUCCAGAAAUAAUAUAAUUAAUUAUUAUACAGAAUUGGUUGCAGCAAUUCGUUAAGUGAAAACGAACGAUAUAGGUAUAGAAUAGCCGAAGCUCAAUUAAUUUCUCUCAUUACACGAUUCAUUUGUUGUCAAGUUGAUCAAAAUAGUCUUUUACGUGAGAUGGGACGGCGAGUGGGUAUAUUUUGUUGUUUCAUUAAUUUCGUGUAAAUCAAAAUUUUCACAAUGUUAUAUUUAAGGAAAAAUAUCAGACAACAUCUAAAAAUUAAAAUUGGCCUUUUCGUGUUGUUCAAAGUAUGUAAAAUGUAUGUUGAACAUAUUUGGCGAUCAAUGUUUUCAUACUUUUUAUGAGUUACUCCUGCGUUAGUUUUUAGAUAGCUUUUAGAAAUUUCUUUCGAUUGGCCGUUCUGUGAUACACAAAAAUGUAAAAUUUGUAGAGUAAAUAGUUGAAAAGUCAAACUGGUUUGUUUAAGUCAUCAGUGUAUAGUAUCGUUAUCGCAAAUUCCUAUACGAACAAUUUUACGUGUAAAUAGCAGAUUGUUAAUUUUUCGAAAUAAACACAUGCAUAGAUUGAA